GGCAUCAAAAAAUAAUGAUAACAGUAACAAAACCCAUUCGUCGUCUAAAGUAUUUCACUUUUGUAAAAGUAUCUCUAGAGUUAUAUAGCGAAUGGGGCCAUGUCCCAGACAAAUCCGAAACCAAGUGAUACGCAAUCACUGCGCUGUUUGCACUGCAUGAAGGUGAUCCGUUGCUCCCGCUACGACACCAGUGAACUGGUGCGACACAUCCAACAGGAUCAUCCGGAGAUAUACGCAGUGACCACGGAUAAAAUCAAGAAUCUGCACAAGCUGGCCGCGGAUCACGGCAUCAGUGAGGAGCGGCUCUCGAAGAUUAGCAAGAUGACGGGUCUGUCCGAGUCCCAGAUGGCCGAAAAGGCAGAGAAAUAUAUGGCCAAAAAGAAGAAUUAUGGUCGCAGUGGUGGAUCUGUCGCCGGUGACCCUGCUGCCGUCAGUGAAGCCGCCUCCUACAAAACCGAGAAGCCCAGCUCCCCAUGUCCAUGUUCACGUCCAUUGGAGAACUCGACGUCGCAUCGGAGGAAAUGCUAUCGCGCCUCCAUCGAACGCUGGGCACCGGCGGAGGGGCGCAUCUUUUGUCCGUGCUGCGCGACCAGCAGGCGGCCGCUUAUCAAGGCUGCCACUGAGAUCUCGAACAACGGCUGCUGUGCCGCCUGGGUGGUCUCCUGCUGGCCUCUGUGCUUCCUGCCCUGCCUCAUGUCCGCGGACAACAAUGAGUACCUGUACUGCGCCAAUUGCCGCGCCUUUCUGGGCAUCUACAAUCGCGAGAAAAGCUGUGUGCAGCCCAGCAAGGAGUUUGUGUCCUGCAGCAAGUCGGUCACGGCCCCGCUCAAGUGUCCAACUGAAAACCUGUGAAAGGACUUUGAGUGGGCGUAGUACUUAUUAAAUUGGUUGUGUAUACAUCUGGCUAUGUUUUUUUUUUUUAAUAAAAAACAAGUUGUUCGAU